GGGUCCCCUCCCGACGCCUCACAGAGCCGCCGGCCGCUCGCCAGCCCCAGCGCCUGCUCCCUGCUCUGGCCUCGCCGCUCCACGCCGCCACCAUGAGCCAGUCCUACUCCUCCAGCCAGCGGGUCUCUUCCUAUCGCCGCACCUUUGGCGGUGCCUCCCCGGUCUUCUCUCGCACCUCCUUCGGGGGUAAGGGCAGCAGUGGCAGCUCUGUCACCUCCCGCGUCUACCAGGUGUCCCGCACCUCGGCCGUGCCCAGCCUGUCCAGCUUCCGCACCACCCGCGUGACACCCCUGCGCUCCUACCAAAGCGCCUACCAAGGUGCCGGCGAGCUGCUGGACUUCAGCCUGGCCGAUGCCAUGAACCAGGAGUUCCUGCAGACCCGCACCAACGAGAAGGUGGAGCUGCAGGAGCUCAAUGACCGCUUCGCCAACUACAUCGAGAAGGUGCGCUUCUUGGAGCAGCAGAAUGCCCUCAUGGUGGCCGAAGUGAACCGCCUGCGGGGCAAGGAGCCCACCCGCGUGGCCGAGAUGUACGAGGAGGAGCUGCGGGAGCUCCGGCGCCAGGUGGACCUGCUCACCAACCAGCGGGCUCGUGUCGAGGUGGAGCGCGACAACCUGCUCGAUGACCUGCAGAAGCUCAAGCAGAAACUGCAAGAGGAGAUCCAGCUGAAGGAGGAGGCUGAGAACAACCUGGCUGCUUUCAGAGCCGAUGUAGAUGCAGCCACCUUGGCACGAAUUGACCUGGAGAGACGCAUUGAGUCCCUGCAGGAGGAGAUCGCCUUCCUCAAGAAGGUGCACGAAGAGGAAAUCCGGGAGCUGCAGGCUCAGCUGCAGGAGCAGCACAUCCAGGUGGAGAUGGACAUCUCCAAGCCUGACCUGACGGCUGCGCUGCGGGACAUCCGUGCUCAGUACGAGAGCAUAGCCGCCAAGAACAUCGCGGAGGCUGAGGAGUGGUACAAGUCCAAGGUGAAUGACUUGACACAAGCGGCCAACAAGAACAACGACGCACUGCGGCAGGCAAAACAGGAGAUGCUGGAGUACCGGCACCAGAUCCAAUCCUACACCUGCGAGAUUGAUGCCCUCAAGGGCACGAAUGACUCGCUGAUGCGCCAAAUGCGGGAGAUGGAGGAACGCUUUGCAGGGGAGGCUGGUGGGUACCAGGACACCAUUGCCCGGCUGGAGGAGGAGAUCCGGCAUCUGAAGGAUGAGAUGGCCCGGCACUUGCGUGAGUACCAGGACCUGCUCAAUGUCAAGAUGGCCCUGGACGUGGAGAUUGCCACAUACCGCAAGCUGCUGGAAGGCGAGGAGAGCCGGAUCAGCAUCCCCAUGCACCAGACCUUUGCUUCUGCACUCAAUUUCCGAGAGACCAGCCCAGAGCAGCGUGCCUCCGAGGUGCACACCAAAAAGACCGUAAUGAUCAAAACCAUCGAAACCCGUGAUGGGGAGGUGGUGAGUGAGGCAACCCAGCAGCAGCACGAAGUGCUGUAGAGGAGGCAGCGCCGGCAGCCCACUGGCACCUUCUGUCCCUGCCUCCGUCCCGCCGCCAAGCCCCCCUCCUGCCCCCACUUCGCCCCUCGGCACUGCCCGAGGGGUCCCCCCGCGCAGCCGCCUCCUGGCCCCCGCACCCCCGGGCUCUCUCCUUCGGCUUCAAAAGGCUCACUAUGCUUUCGCAGCUUCGCAGUGGCAACGCCAGCGUCAGGAUCAGGCCCAGGCCGGGGGACGGCAGGAAGGCGGGAGGGAGGGGACAGGCAGGAGGGGUCGGGGGGAGCAGGUGGUGGCCUGGGCCAGCUCCUCAGAGAGCCGGACGGUCCCAGCAGCGGGUUCUGGAUCCCCCCAGAGACCCCUCCCCACUUCCGGCACGGGCUUGGGGUCCAUCCCAUCCCCCUGCACCGGCACCGCCGGACCCCCGGAGCUGGCACUUCUCUGGGUGCAUGGCGGUGAUGACAGGAUAGGGAGAAGCAGGUUCCAAGCUGAGUCCCCGUUGUCUGCUCGGCUCGGAGCCAGGGUGCUCCCAGCCUGCGUCCUCCUCCUGGCCCCGGGGUGAUGGGGCCCUGCGCUCCCCCCAGCCAGAGAGGCAGUCCCAUGGGGCAGAGAGGGGCAGAGGAGGGCAGCGCCCUCCCUCCCUCCCACCAUCGCGGGGACCCCAGCAGCAGGAGGCUGCGCGGGUCCAGGCUCAUGAGCCGAGAGGGUACAUGUAGGUGGACACAGGAGAGAGGAGGAGUGAGUGAGUGGGAAAGGGGGGAGAGAUGGAGAGGAGCCUGAGAGAGGCCCGGGGGCCAGGGCAAGUGCCCCCAACCCUCGCCCCACUGCACCCCCACCCCACAGCGUCUACCUGACUCUUUGGGCGGCUGAAAUAAACAGCGGAGCAUCAA